AUGCACAAGAAAUACGGGCCCAUUGUCAGAAUCAACCCAUAUGAGCUGCACAUCAUUGAUCCCGAGUUCUACGAUGAACUCUACUCAUCUAACAGGAAGUCCGACAAGUAUCGGUGGUGGACCAAUCUCGCCGGCGCGGACGGCAGCUCGUUCUCGACUGUGCCGCAUGAUCUGCACCGGCUGCGCCGCGGGGCUCUGAAUCCAUUCUUCUCGGUCCGCUCCGUGACCCAACUGGAGCCGCUGAUCCGGUCCAAGGUGGAGAAGCUCUCGGCGAGGUUUGGCGAGAUCGCGCAGACGGGCGAAGUGGUCCGUCUUGAUGCCGCGUUCAUGGCGCUGACGAUGGACAUCAUAUGCGAUUACGCCUUUGCGAAUGAUCGGAAGUACCUGGACGAACCUGACUUCAAACUGAUAUGGAAAGAGACCAUCAUCGGGGCGUUUGAAGGCGGGGCUGUUGGUCGGCAAUUUCCCUGGAUGUUGCCGGUCAUGAAAAGACUGCCCUUGUCAGUUGUUUCUGCGAUGAACCCAUCAGUUGGCCAUCUACUUCGCUGGCAAGCGGGUGUUAAACAACAGGUUGAGCCAAUUUUAGACGGAAAGGACAGCCAGCCUGGGGCUGCUUCGAGAACCAUCUUUCAUAUGCUGCGCGACAGCGACUUGCCCCCAGAAGAGAAGACCUUGCAGAGGUUGUGCGACGAGGCGGAGAUUUUGACUGGCGCAGGGUCUGAGACAACAGCCCAAACCCUCACUCGAAUCCUCUUUUAUCUGAAAACUCCGUCAUUCGUGAAGGGCUUCGACUUUCAUAUGGAGUUACGACUCGUCUACCACGCAUCGCCCACCACGACAUCCAGUAUGGUGAACAUGUCAUUCCGGCAGGGGUAA